AUGUAUGAUCUUCAAGAUGAAGACACUCUAAAAAGUAUCGAGUUUAUAUUUCACCUUAAGCUGAGAGAAAGCUGUGAAACUUGCCGACUGUCAGACAUGAUUCGAGAUCAGCUGAUCAACACAAUAUACGAGCCAGAAGAGAUUAACACAGGCUACUCCACUAUGCGGCAGACUGUACAGGAAUUCCUUGCUGCAGUUUACGUUGCUCACCAUCCAAAAGAGAUUCAAAGAGUUAUAGAGCCAUAUUAUCAUAAAGCAGUACAGGAGUUCUUAACGGUAGAUUACAUCCAUCCGACAUACUGCACAAUGAUAAUGCCUGAUGCCUCGCAGCAUUUUAUCUACAUGUGCGGUCUAAACAGUGAAGUUGCACAUGAUAUGUCCGCCAUGAUGUCAAAUGGUAUACUGGAACAUCAAUACUGGGAUAUUGAUGACGUUAAGGCCUUGAUGUCGAUGAACAAGUCUCAGAUACGACAUAUUCGUAUUGUUGGACAGCAGGACGAAAUAAGCGAGGAGGAUAUCCAGGACGUGUUCAACAGCUCAACGGACAAUCUUGCCGUUGUUGAAAUUUAUAACCGUGCUGGACAGGUUACAAUGUCCGCGCGGUCCUUGAGGGAGCUGGUGGAGAACUGCUCUUCAACGGUGACCUGUCGGCUUGGUGAGUGCACUGUGCAACCGAUCACAGAGUUUGAAGACAUUAAACGGUCAUUUACAGUUACAAACUCCGAUUGGUCGCAUACGACCUGCGUAAGGUCACCUUGCUAUGCCCUAACAUUUGAACCACACGAUGUUCGCACGGGAACCGUGAGGCAAGCUACGAUUGACCUUGAAGCUAUCCUCAUGAUUAAGGAUGAAGAUCUAAAAUCAUACCUCCCGGCAUAUGGCGAUAGAGUUGCACUAUUGGCAUUUGCAAGGGUAUUAAAAAACCCAGAGGAGAAUGCUAAGUCAGGCUCUGAGUUCUGCCAUAUACCUGCCAAAAUGGAGGAUAACAUAAGAAGGAAGAUGUCCUCCGUUCGGAUGGAGCUCACUCCCGAGGUACCGGAAGGGGAAAGUUCGAGGAAGAAUUCCUUGAGGGACGCCAUCAUCGCCACACACAGGCCAAAGCGGAAGGACUCGGUAGCUCCACUAAUAUCGCCCACUGACACAACAGAUUCCCGCCGGAAGUCGUCGGUCGUCAAUCCCGAGAUCGUCAUUGGCACUGAAAAAGUACGCCGCCUAAGCCGGAAACUCAGCCUAAAACCUCCAUCAAAUCAAUACUGGCGGCGAAGCCCAAAGAAGACUAGUUUAGAGAGAUGUAACCCGGGAGAUAGUCACACGGUGCGCUGCGAGUGUGGGCUGGAAAUCAGUGUGAAGUGUGAGUGGGGCUCCGCCAUCAGUUCCACCUCUGGCACACCUGUGCUCCCUGCUUGUUCACCAAAUAAAGAGACAUCCGAAGCCUCAGAAAGACGAAAGAGCACCUCGUUAAUAUCGACAAUCGAACGUUUGGAGACCGGAAAUGCAGAUCUGGAGUUCGUCAUUGCUUCGUGCCGGGAACUCGGUCACGUGGAACACCAGGAAUCGCUCGAGACAGUGCUGUCCCGCCAGGCUGUCAUCAAGUGCCUCCUUGAUAUGAUGCAGCAGUACGCGGCCCAUAAGGAUCUUCAACUGGCUGCCUGCUCUUCAAUCCUUGUACACGUCAAACACUCAGAAGCCAGCCUACACUACCUGUGUGUGAAUCAAGGCAUCGAGCGGCUGCACCACAACAUGAAGACGUUCGGUGAACACACAGACCUCCUAAUUGUGGUCCUAGAUAUUUUUGGAUACUACUCAUUCCAAGACGAGUGGCGUUGUAUUCUGACGGAGAAGGUGCAGCCUUCGGAGAUCCUGCGGACGAUGGCGUGUCACGAGGGAGAUCCGAACGUCGUCGAGAAGUGUUGUAUCGUGCUGGAAAACCUCGCUCUGUCGGAGGACAUUGCGCGGUCUAUGAUGUACGUUGGAGAUGUCCACAGUAUCCUGUCAAUGAUGUCACGCUACGAUAAACACGUCGACUUCCUCAAACAUUGCUGCACAACGCUAGGAACGUUAGCAUCUCACGACGACACUUGCCAGGCUGUGUCCGAAGCUGGAGCCACGAGCGCUGUGAUGUUAGCAAUGACGUCAUAUAUCACUAACCCGGAAGUACAACAAAGCUGUUGUUGGGCACUUGCAAGCUUGUCAAGGGCGGACUGUGUCUGCAUGGAACUUCUAAAUAUUGACGCGUUCGGCAUGCUGCUCAAGGCAAUGACGUCGUUUCCGCAAGAUUUGGCCAUCCAGGAAUAUGGCUGCUGGGCCCUCUGUAACCUCGUGGUCAUCGCACCGGAACUUGAGGAGGAUGCUUGCCGGUCGGCCCUUGUGCUGCUUUUGGACAGUACCCAGAUGUUCAUGGCGAAUGUAGAACUCAUUGAACAUGUCUGUUACGCAAUCAGCACGCUGGUUGCCGUCAGAGAAUGCGUACACGUGAACGUUGUGAAGAAUGACGGCAUCAGCAAACUUAUAGAUUUAAUGAAGAAGUACGACGACAACGUGGAUAUCCAGCUCCACAGCUGCAAGGUGAUAGGAAACCUAGCUGUCAAUGACAAUUUCCGGCGUUAUGUGGAGGAUAUGGGAGCCUCGGAAGCCAUCAUCUCAUGCAUGCUUGGGCUGGAGAAGAACGCGCUCAUUCAGUCCACUGGCUGCAUGACCCUCACGAAUAUAUCAGCAAAAGUGGCAGACAACAAGUUCCGAAUCCUGAAGAACGGGGGCGUACAUGCUGCACUGCGUGCCAUGGCGGCCUUUAAGGAGGACGAGACAAUCACACUGAACGCGCUGAAACUACUGUGCAACCUACAGGAAUCGGACAAAGGUUGUUGGUGGAUAGCGGAGGAAAGCGGCAUAUCUGUGAUCGCCAUGUCACUGAGGAACUUCCCCAAUUGUUCAGAAAUCAUGGCGUUCGGCUGCACAUGCCUAGCUAACCUGCCCAGGAGAGGUAUGAACACCGUUGCCCUUGGUAGCGCCGAGUCGAGCCUACUUUACCUUCGCCAGCAACACUCUCUCAGCACGGAAGUAGCCUUAGCUCUAUGCUCAUUCUACGAGAACGCGCUCAAGGCUGGUCUGUGGUUGUUUGGUACGGAAUGUGGAAAACUGGUGACCUCGGUUGCCAUGGAAACCAUGACCCAGAUAAUGCAGGAUUUCGAAGACAUUGAAAUUCAGGUGACGGGGUGUCAGAUAAUGGCUCAAGUUGUGCUAGGUGAGCACAUGAAGCUGCUUAACCGAGGGGUGCUGGCAUCUCUCGUCUCCACUAUGACUAAAUACAUCUUAAACGAGGACAUACAGGCUAUAGGCUGUGGAACCAUCUCUUACCUAUCCGGAUCUGUCGAAGGCAUGGAGACGCUAGAAGAGCUGUGUUGCUUAGAGGUUGUACUGGAAUGUAUGCGCACGCAUCCCUGCCACGCCCACCUACAUGGCGUCUGUCUCCUUGCAAUCGAAAAUAUGUGCAGAGCUGACAGUAUAAGGGGUAGUAACAUACAGAACGUUUGUGAUGCUGUCUCCAAGUCAAUGAAGGCCCACGGAGAUAACAACGAAAUCCAACUGGGUGGUUGUCAUAUCCUCUCAAUUAUUGGCUCAGGAUUUCACCGACAAAAUGUUCAAAAACGCAAGAGCGUCGACUUCCUGGGACCACUGGUGACGGUCACACACCGGAAGAGCGUCACAGAGGAGCUCCUUGACGUGGCGUCUGCUGCCAUUCAUCGGCUCCGGAAGUUCACGGACGUUGUGUUGGAUGACACCGUGGAAGGCGACAGCGAAGCCUCACAGACGGAAUCAACCUCAGAAAAUGUCCCAAUCGAUAACGAUUAUCCGUAG